AUAAAUGUGGCUAGCUAUCUCCAGGUUCUGUGUUUGGCCGAGAAUUUAAGAACCAAUAUCAGAGACUUUGCUGCCUUGUUAACUGUGAAUAACUGUGACAUCAGGCAGAGUAUUCUAUACUUACAGUUUUGGGUCCAGAGUGGUGCUGGUUACUUGAAAGAAAAAGGGAACAGGACAGAGAUCAGUGGCACACAGCAGAACAUCAAAGGAACAACUAGCUCAAAUUCAAAGAAACCUAUUCUUGAGAAUAUUCCACAAUGUAGUACUGGCUGCACUGAGAAUCUGCUUGGACUUAAGAACAUAUUUUUGCCUUCCGAAGAUUUGUUCUCGUUUCUUAAGCGUGAAAUGAGAACAAAAGAAGAUUGGAACAAACUCAUACAUCUGCUCACAGAAUUCCAGAUGAGGAAUACAGAUUUUAUUUAUAGCAACCUUGAAAACAUCUCAUCUUUGCCACUUAAUAUAAUUCCAGAAGCAAUUGAAAUAGCCAGUCCGGCGUGUAGCUUUAUUGCAGAAAAGGCUUCAAAUCGUACAUGCAUUGAUGUUGAGUACGUAGAGGAAGCCCCUCCUAUGAAAAAGGCUAAACGAUCAAAAUGUCCGAAAAAAAUGGCUGUAUUGGACGAUAGCGAUUUAUUUGAAUGUGAAUUAAAUUACUCUGGGUUUGUAACACUAUCACCCAACACAAGCACUUCAUGCUUAGAAGAAGCAGGCCCAGUGGAACCUACGAAUGUUGGCACAAUGGCACUGAAGGAUGGAACAUCAGUCAAUGCAAAAGAUUCUGUAUUUAUAUUCCAGUGUUUAAAUUCCUUAACUGAAUUCCUGGACAAUAUGUCUUUCUUGGACUGUUGUUUCACUGAGCCCACCCAGGCAUCAAAGCAGGCUGGUAAAUAUGAAGAUUUUAUUUGGACUAAAGGAAAAAUAAAAAAUGGUCUCUCUGAUGAAUUUAGUGCGGACUAUACUGACUGGUGGAGUUCUCAAAGCUCUGGCGAACUAAAAGCAACAAUGGAGGCAUUAAGUUUUAACAAAUGCUCUAAGAGCAUUUCAAAAAUCAUGAAAAAUCAAAGUUGCUUGAACUGUAGUAAAACUCUCAGGAAGAAUGAAUUUGAAGAACUCACUCUCCAUGUUUCAAAAGAACAAGCUGAUUUAUACUUUGGUCGGUCAGCAGCUAAUUCCAGUGUUCACUAUAAUGCACAGAAGAGGAUAGAAUUAAUUAAAACUGUGUUUUCCAGUACACCUUUAAGUCUUAAUAACAGACAAGCCAGUGUAAUGGAAUAUCUGCCAAUUCUUCGCAACAUUUGUAAAUCAGAGAAACAGAAAGAACAAGGGAAGACAAAAAGGAGGUUUCUUCAUUACCUGGAAGGAAUUCAUCUUCCCAAAGAAAUUUUGAACAGCCUGGCAACUGACUUUCCUUAAAACAGUGGCCAAGAAUAACAUUGUAAAUAGAAAUGUAUAUUCAAAAGACAAUUAUAUUU